UUCUUAUUGAAUCUUAUUGUAGCAACUUAACCGAUUCAUUUACAAACAAUCAAAACAUUAAGCCUAAAAAGAACAACAAAAAGGUCUCUCAAGACCAAACAUUUUACAUAAUCCACCAUUAACAUAAACGAUUUGGCCAUUAACACCAUUAGCUGAAGUUCUGCCAAUUGAUUGCUUUUGGAAUGAUAGUCAAAAAUCUUGUUUGCUAAUUGAAUUGUAUCUAAACCAAAAUAAAAGAAAUAACUAAGAAAAAUACGGAAAUAAAAAAUGAAAUGAUAGUAAGAAGUUUCUGAACUUAAGGGGGGUGUUAGUGGAAAUGUGAUAUGUAGUGAUUAUUAGAGUUUUCAAUUCUAGUGUUAUUGAUGUAUAGAUUCUCAUAUUCUCAUUAAAAUAUAGUAUGAUUGGUUUUAUGAUUCUCAAACUUUUAACUCACAAAAUAAGAUUUUGAGAAUACCACAUGUUUCACUUGGAUUCUUAAAAUCAUUACAUUACUUUACUUUCAUAGAUUUUAACAAUAUAUACAAAAUUCUCUACAACUCUUUUCAAAUUUAACAAAUCUUAUAACUUUUCAAAUUAACAAAUUCUAUAAAAAUUCAAGUCCCACUAACACCCCCUAAAUGCAAAUUGACCAACAUUUUCCAUUGAAAAAAUGGUGAAUUUUAUCUGGACCAAAUUAUACCAAUCACAUAGUGUGUAGAAUGAUAAUUUUAGAACAUAGGUCUAUUUAAGUAAAAAAGCAGAUAAAUAAAGGAGUAGAUUUGCUUAAGACCCAACAAUUAGGGAGCGUUGCCAUAAUAAUUAAACCCGCGCCCAUCGCACAAAACGCUCGCAAAGUUCUUUUUUUUGAGCACGGAUAUAUUAAAAUUUAAAGACUCUCUCAAAAAGAGGAGGGAGCCUGGGAAGCAUUACAGAGGGUGUCCUUAGCCAGACGAUCGCAAAGUUCAAAAACAAAAGUUGAAGAAACCCUUUUCUGGUUUUCUUGGCGUCGUAUCGUAAGUAGGAGGAGAAGAAAGAUCCAUCUCUCUUGGGUUUUUCCUUAAUUUUCAGAUUCUGGGAUCAAUCUUCGUGAGACAGAUAUGGUGAGUAUGAUAGAUAAGUCCCGACUAGGAGCUAACCGAUAGCUCUAAGUUAGGUAGAUAGAAGUCUAGAAGAUGAUUUUAGGGAAGAACAAUCACCUCGAAGAGCUUAGAUCUUGAUAGAGAGAACAGAGAGUUUUAGAGGUUGGAAAAUGAUAAUGUUAUUGAUAAAAUUGUUUCUCUGCAAAUGCAGGGUACAAAUACUAAAGACAAAGAGGCUCUAACGGUUCAAACGUGAGCUGUAAAGUAAAAGCAAAAGCAUAAAGUAGCAAAGGGAUCAGCAUAUUUGCUGAGAGAUGCUGUUGUGAUAAGGAUGUCAAGGAUGACUCAUCCUAUGACACUUCGCUAUCAAACAAGACAACUGAGGGAUUCAAGAGGGGAACACAGAAAAUGGGGAGAAACCUCGGUUCAGCGUUUAGACAAGAAUUGGCUAAUGUUGACAAAGAUCCAGAUAAUUACGAGACUGCAAUGAGCAAAUUGAGAACCAUUGUGAAAGAUUUGGAUGCAAACGCUAUACAUGCGUUUCUCACUCAAGUUUCUGAAACAAAAGAGAUUGGUUCCGAGUCUGGCGGCUACACGGUCUCUCUCUCUCUUUGAAGACCUUGCACGUGCAGAGAGAUUGAUAAAAGAGGCUGAUCCAUCAGUGAAGUCUACACAUAACAGGAGUUAUGUAAACGACCAAGAAGAUGAUGAGGUGUCAGGCUCUCCUUUGUUGGCUUAUGCUGACAAUAACCAAGAAACCGGUUCAAGAAAUCAGAUUCAGUUCUCUGGUGUUGAAGAUGAUAACAUGGAGUUAGUUUGUUUCCAUCAGAGGAACAGAAGCUCUGAGUCUAGGACCAAUCGCCCACGAAGUUCAAGACGAAACAGGAAGAAGAGACGGUCAGAACGUAACAGGCACGGUUUCACACAAGAUUCAUUUACUGUACUGCUAGAGAACAGAGAGCAGCAGCUACGACAGUACAGUGAAAGCUCAUCGUCAUCACCAAUACAUGAUAGAUCGGGUACUACUACUCCAACAGAAGACAUCUGUGAGAAACUAAAGAUAGAUUUGGAUUCUGUGGCCAAAGUGAAGAGAGAAGAGAGUGAAACAGAGUCAAGACGGGACAGCAGCAAGAAGAGUGUGUUGAGAUGGGGUUUGAGUUUCUUCUCUGUUGUAGUUGCAGGGCUUGUUUCCUUCAUGUGGGUGCAUCUGCAAGAUGAUAUGAUGAUGCCUCCUCAUCUUGUUCCUACUUGAACUUACUUAGGUUCAGAUUAUAUAAUUCAAGAGUGUUCGCAAGUCCUCUGUUCUUAUUAAAUCAAAGGCUCUUUCAAGCUUACAAUCUUUCGUGAUAUCUUACAACUUCACUUUCGUAUCAUAUAUAUAGGUCUAGCUAUUUCCUAAACCUACUUGUAAUCACUUUCACUUUCAUGUAU